AUGUCUGAAACAAAAUAUCUUUAUAUGGCACAAUGUGUAGAUUCAUUACGUAUUCUUGUCAAAGAAAAAAUUCGUUUAUUAAAAAAGAAUAAAUAUUUAGCUAAUGCUGAUUGGAUUUUUAUUGAAAAAAAUUUUCAAAUUGAAAAUCCUCAUACUACAAAUAUGAUUAAUAAUGAUAGUUAUAGAGAUAUUAAUUUAAUUGAUCAUAAUAUACAAUGUUCUCAUUGUCAUCGAUCAAUAUCAAUGGAAUUUAAUCAAAUACAAUAUGAUGAUUUAUUUGAAGAAGCUAGAAUUCGUAUUAUUAAUAUUCAAAAAACAAGUUUUUGGAGACAAUAUAGAGAUUAUGAAAUUUCAACACAAACUGUUCGUAUUUUAUCAUCUCUUUGUGAUUUUGCAAUCGAUAGAAAAGGUCAAUAUAUUAGUAUUGAUCAACUUAAAUAUUAUUAUACACCACAAACCGCUGAUUUAAUAUGGAAAUAUUUGAGAUCAUCACUUGAAAAUUUAUAUAUUUAUAUUCGUAAUGAUUGGGGAAAAUAUCAGAAGAUACCCAAAAAUAAAUGGCGAUUAUUUUAUUUCAAUAUUCUUAAUCAUAAACGAUUCAAUUUAUUUAUCAUAUUUGUUAUUCUUUUUAAUAUAACAUUAGCAAUUAUUCGAUGUUCAAUAAAUAUAUCAAAUAAAAUUAAUCUAGUUCUAAUUAUCAUUCAAAGCUUUAUUUCUUAUCGAAUUUGGUCUAUGAUGCAAAUUCUUAUUAUUAUUCAAAUAAUUCGUCUUAUUCGAAUAAUUGAAUAUAUAAUAGUUAAUUUAAAUAUUCUUCUUGAACGAAUAACUAAUCGUUAUGUAACACUUUCACUUGAAUUAUGUAAAGCAUAUAUAUUAAGUCAAGAUGAUGUACUUUCAAAAUUACAUCGUAUUAUUGAAAUUGAUCAAAUUCGAGAACAUUUUUAUAAAGAUUCAAUAAAACGACGAGAUGAAAUUAUUAAUGAAUUAACUUUUAUUCAAAGUGAACAUCCAAAUGUAUCAGCAAGUGUUAAAACACGUACAGCUAUUCAAAAAUUACUUAAUUAUUCAAAAAAUAUAGUGCAUCAUAUGACGAAUAAAGGAUUAUUAGGAGAAAAUGAAGCGCAUCGAAUUACAGAGAAUAUUAAUAGACGUCUUCAUACAGAACUUGUUCCAUCUGUUUUAUUCUUUCCUAUCCCAUUCAAUUUUUUACAUGUAUUUCCAUGGCUUCAUGAUCCUGAUGUACUUGAAUAUGUUUUGAGUCGUCUUCAUGUUAAAUCAUUUUCAUUAAAUGAAUAUAUUUAUAAAGUAAAUAAUGAUUGUCAAGCAUUAUUUUUUAUCACAGCUGGUUAUGUUGAAACAAUAAAAAAUAUGCCAAAAUAUUAUGAUGCUUUAUCAAUUGAAAAAUUUCAUAAAAAUAAAGAAAAUAAUUCAUAUGAAAAUAUACAAUCAAAAAAAGAUUUAUAUUCUUUUAAUCAAAAAUCAAACUAUUAUCAAAAACAAUCUAAUGAAAUUAAUUUAAUAAAUCAUCAUCUUUGUCAUCAAUGUCAUAUUGAUGUUCAAAAAAUAGAUAUCAUUGAUAAGAAUGCUUUAUUAAAUGCAGAUUUAGUUCAAUGGUUUGAUGAUGAUUCCGAACAAAAACAUUUAUUCUUUGAUAAUACUGAAAAUUUAUUAAAUGUUAAUAGAAGUAUUCUUUCUCAACUUAAUAUGAAUGAUUCUAUACUCGAUUUAUUUCCAACUAAAGAAUCAACAAUAGUCUAUCGAUUAUUACAUGCACCAGGUGAUGUUAUUGGUCAUAUUGAUUUACUUAAUGGACAAAAACAUACAGAAACAUGUAAAUGUAUUACAAAUACUCUCGUUUGGUAUUUAAAAUCAAACGAUUUAAUUGUUCUUAUUGAACGUUUUAAUUAUCUAAGAAUCUUAGAAAAAAUAUGGCAUUAUACUGCAUUACAAUUGGCUGAAACUGUUUUGUAUGAAUAUUUGAAUAUAGUGCCAUACAAUGCAACAGAACAAGAACGUGUUCAUAUUUAUUGUCAUUUAAAACAUGCAUUUCUUAUACCUGAAUCAUAUUUAAUUGAACACAAAAUAAUUUAUUCAUCACAUGAACUUAUUCUAAUACAAGGUCAAUUACAAAAUAUUAUUUCAUCAUUGAUUUAUACUGGUCCAUGUUUUAUUCAAAUCGAAUUUGGUCAAUGUGGUCUUAAACCAUUAAAUAUAAGUGAAACAAAAAUACUUGUUCUUCGAAGUUCUCAUCAUCAUUAUACACUUCAUGAUGAAUUUAUUUUACCACAAGAUUUACCAGGUUUAUUAACACAUGUUAGUUAUGAUGAAAAAUUAUCCAUUCUUUUACCUCGUAUUAGUGUUAAAUAUGAACAUAUUAUUACACAAUCUAAUAUUGACAAAUCUUCAAAAGAAAUGAUCAAGAAAACAUUAUUAGGUCGAUUUUUAGAAAGUCUACCAAAAUUUCAACGACGUAUUAUGAAUCCAUAA